AAUAUGUUGAUUGAGUAACUUUACCAGCAACAAGCAACAGAUCGUAGAAUCAAAGAAGACGAAAAAUUUUCAACAUUUUCAGACUGUAUCAUGUGGGAAUCGAUUCUAUUAACCGUGGCUGCUACCGCCGGCAACAACAUCGGAAAAAUCCUUCAAAAGAAGGGUACCAUCAUUCUCCCCCCUCUCUCCUUCAAGUUCAAGGUUAUUAGGGCUUAUGCUUUGAACAAAACAUGGUUGAUAGGUUUUCUGAUGGAUAUUUUUGGGGCAUUAUUGAUGUUAAGGGCAUUAUCUCUGGCUCCAGUUUCUGUCAUUCAACCAGUUUCUGGCUGUGGAUUAGCGAUUCUGUCGGUCUUUUCUCAUUUUUAUCUCAAGGAAGUCAUGAAUAUUGUUGAUUGGGUUGGAAUUAUCUUGGCUGGGUUUGGCACAAUAGGAGUUGGUGCUGGUGGUGAAGAGCAGCAAGAGGCGGUUGCUCUAUCCAUUUUUCACAUACCAUGGCUGGCGUUUGUUGUUUUCAUCUUGUUUAUGCUGCUUAAUGGAUGGCUUCGAAUAUACAAGCGCCAGCGAAGAGAACAAGAGAUGGUGGAAUAUGAUGUUGUCGAGGAAAUCAUUUAUGGCUUGGAGUCUGGUAUUUUGUUUGGGAUGUCAUCUGUAAUUUCAAAGAUGGGAUUCCUAUUCCUAGAGCAAGGUUUUCCCAAAUUGCUGGUUCCUAUAUGCCUCCUGAUCAGUGUGUUUUGUAGUGGUAUAGGCUUUUACUAUCAGACACGUGGCCUGAAGCAUGGGAGGGCUAUUAUAGUUUCUACAUGUGCAGCUGUAGCAUCAAUUUUGACUGGUGUACUUGCUGGGAUGCUUGCUUUGGGUGAACGACUUCCUUCCGCCCCAAAAGCCCGUGUAGCACUUCUUCUUGGAUGGCUACUUAUAAUUACGGGCGUGAUUUUGCUCGUUGGUUCAACACGGCUCGUGAGGUUCCUCACUUCUUCACAGCGAAAAAGAAGCAAUGUAGAGAAGAAUUUUGGCCCUAGAAGAUCCACUUCUUCCCGUACAAGGGAGCCAAGUCCUACUAGUGCUGUCAUUCAAGCGGCAACAUUAAAUCAUCUGCUAUCGUCGUCUUCCAAAGAAAAACCUUGACUUGACAUGAGCUGGAGAAUGCUCCUUCAUCUCAUUCACAAGAUUUCUUCUAAGCACUAAGCUGCGAUGGCUAUGGUGUAUGAUGUAUAUGUAAGUGGCUGCUUCAUCAGACGGCAUGACGUUUUUCUGGAAUCAUUACCUUGUGGCUCACACUCUGGAUGAAGUAUCUGUUAACUUUCUGACUCUAUUUUGUAAAAACUAUUCCUGAACUUUCAGUUUGUUGGCUGUUGGGGAUUGUAUAUGACAGUAGUGGUGGCAUACCAACAUACAUAAAUUCCUGUUUUCUGAUCUA